UUUCACUAGGUUCGGAUGAAUUUUAUGAGAUUUUUUUUCAAGUGGAGGUGGGAUCGUCUCAACGUCGGUGCGGUAUUCUUUCUCGACGUCUUCGUCCUUUUUUCAGAAACUAUGUGCUCUCAUCGUGCCAGUUUUUACAAAUCAUCUUCGAAAUCAAUUUCUUGCUCUGACAGCGUCAAUGGCUGUUGUAUUAUUGAGAAUUCCAGAUCGAGGCCCAUUGAGGUCACGAAAAUUCUGGAAGCCUUCAAGUGUUCUUCUUGUCGGCGUCUAGUUACGCCACCUAUUUCGCAGUGUGAACGUGGACAUCCGAUUUGUGCAACUUGCUUUUCUCAGGUCAAAAAGAGUGGAUCCAGUUGCUUCUCUGCAUGUGGCGACUGUGGCCGGCCAUUCAGCACGGAACGGAAUUUGGCACUGGAACGAUUGGCUGAAAUAGUGCCAUUUCCGUGUGUAUUUCAGUGCGAGGGUUGCGCCGCCUAUUCACGUCUGGAGACGAAAGUCGACCAUGAGGAGACUUGCUCAUUUCAGUUACUCGGUUGUCCCUUUUGUCCUGCAAAGCUACGUGGACGUUGGAAGACUCUGGCACAGCAUUUGGCUUCGGAGCAUCCGCUUGUCAAGUCGCAAUGCUUCCCAGUUCAGAUUCCGGCGAGCACGGAGGAGCUCUGCCGCGCGGUGAAGCUGAAAGAACCUUUCGAAGAGUUCACUGUCUUGCAACACAGAGGUCGCUCAUCCUCACGUCUUCGCCGCCACGCUGUGGCUUCUGCUGCUGCCUCUCCCCCGGCCGCGCCUCAAUUUCCCGACGAAGGAGAAAUAUUUGUUCUCGCCGUUUGCACAAGGCCUGAGCAUGACAGCGUGUUGUACACAAUGCGAGCAUUUCGUGCCAAAACGGUGGAAGCUUCAGCGCAUUACCGCUUAACCUUUGCGUCUGAUGGAAUGUCAACUCUGUCCUACGCGGGUGUUGUGCAAGCUUGGGUGGCGAGGAAGAAUGAUGUUGCUAAUAAGGGCAAUUCCUUGGCACUUCCCAGCGACUUUUUCCUCAACUCCUUGAACGGAUGUUCUUUGGAAGUCGAGCUGAUUCUGGACCAAGUGUCGUCUUGA